UUACCAGCUUGGCUCCGAACCCUAGCGGUUUUCAAUCCGUGCUGUUUCUGCGGUCCUGUUAGGUUGGCGUCUUCCACCUUUGUUUUGAUUUUUUCCUUGUCCAAAAUGCAAGGAAUUUUUUUCUACUCUGGUGAAUUCAAUGUUCAUAUCUUUUCUCCCCUCAUAACUUUAUAAUAAUGGUAUUUAAAGAUGAGCGUUACCGAGGUUUUUGUUUUUGUUUUCUAGCGCGAAUCAUUUUGCUAACAGCGCUAAUGCUGACAUUGUCAAGAUGUGCCUGAUAAGACCUCGGGGCCCUUUUCGGGCUGGAAAGCUGCAGGAUUGGCCUUUGUCCUAAACUAUUGGUAGCCAUGCACUUGCCAGAUGACAGCCAGUGGGAUGAAGCCAUCUGUGACUUGGCUGUUUGUCCGCAUCCACAAUGCUGGGCAGCUGUCCGUCGAAUUGAAAGGGGCCAUCCUCGAAUCCUGAGCUCACCCUGCAAAACUCCCUUGGAUGCUGAAGAUAAACACCCAGUACUCACUAUUGUCAACAUCUCAGAUUCCUGCUUCCAGGCCAAGAAACUUGCUCAUCAACAAUCACCAGAAUUUGCCUUCACUAAAGUUCAUUCUUUAUUGUCUCGAGGUUCAAAGUGCCUCCAAAUUUCAAGGUCUCAGAAGGAUUUACCUGACAAAAGUUUGAUCACCUAUACUAAGAGAUCUCCCAAAGAAAGCCACAAAAAGCUUUCAGUGUUGAAUUUGAAUGAGACACAACUUCCUUGCUCUGAAGAUGUUAGACAUAUGGUUGUGAUCUGGAUCCCAGAAGAAUCAGAAAAGAAUAUGUGCUUACCUGAGAAGACAUCUCCUUUCCCCAGCCAAUAUGGGAAAAAGAAAAGAAAGAAAUUAGCAGAGUUCACAGAGACAGGGUUGAGAACCUCAGAGGUGAUUGUGCCUCCGUCCUCCCCAGUAGUAUAUGCAUCUGAGCAGUUAAGUUCAGAAAUACCUGUCAGGGCCCAGGACAAUGUGCUACUUCAGGAUCUGCUGAAAGAGCUUUUGCCACAGGGAGAGAAAAACAUGUCUUGUGUAGAGAUGAAAAUACAGUUGGGCAGGAUGAAAAAGAGUCUUCCCCUGGAAAAGAACCGACAUGACAGUGUGAUAUCUUCUAAGAUGUUUCUAACUAUACACUGCCUCACCCUACAAAGACCUGUGUUGCGGUAUCCAGAACAUCUGAAGAAAUUACAUCAUAGCCUGAAGAGAGAAGGUCACAGGAAGCAGCAGCAGUGGCGGCAGCCACAGGGGAAGAAGGAGAAAACCCCUACUAAGCAACAGGAGGCUAAAGAGAAAGCCAAGAGUGAUCUGAAGAUCCAGAAUACUCCAAAUAAACAUUCAGCUGCAGUUGCAUAUAACCCUGUCUGUGUAUGGAGAAUUCCCAGGGAUGGCAGUAUCCUGUGCAGAGGCAUCUUGGAGGAGCAUGGCUGCUUGGAAGACUUUGAGCAUUUCAGUGUGGCUGUUGCUAUUGUAUCCAUAGAGAGAUCAAGAAAAGACCACUUUGACAAGUCCCUGGAUUUCUUCCCUAAUAUGAAAAGUUCUAAAAUGUCUAAGAAGGAACUCCCUUGCAAGGACCUUAGUGCCUCAGUGGAGAUGGUACUGGAAGCCCCAAUUGCCAACCAAGAGAAAAUCCCUGGAGACCUUUCAGAAAGUAUGGCUAAACCAAGCUGGAAGCCUGAGCUCAAACCACUGAGGAUUCUUCAGGCCACUGAUGUUGAGGAGGAGGAGAACCAAUCCAGUAGGUCAGAGAGUGAGGAUUCUUUGGACACAGACUGAAGGUGUCACCCGGGGCAGCCUUCACCAGAGCAUGAUGCUUGGCAUCCCGAGGACAAUGACCUUUGACAUAAGGCAGAAAAGAAAGGACACUUCUGCUCCCCCAAGUCUCCACUGGGACCUAAAUUUAGAACUCCUGCUUUUUUAUUCUGCUUUUACUAGCCUCUAAAAUAAGUAAGGGAGAAAAAGCUCUACUCUUUCUCAGCUUAAGUGACUUCUCUUCCAUUAGGGUCAGAAUAAGUUUAAUGAUUAAACACAACCACUUCUCAAUUAAAAGAUACUCUGUGUUUUUGGGAGGAGGGGAGAGAUGUUUCUUAGCAUUUGUUUUUGGGGUCACUUUUAUCUCUUCUCUGAAGCUCUGAAAGGUUUUCAGUUGUACAGAGCUGAAUUUGGCCUGUGGGAGCCUCCAUGGUAUUUCUAGAUUUUUCUGUUAAUUUCCUUUCUUUAGGAGAUGGAGUCCAUAUCAUUAUUAAAUAAUAUUCAUUGUGUCCUUGUA